AUGAACGGGCCAUUGUCGGGAGGUUGGUUGGAAAUUCGCUUAUUUUACGUCCGUAUAUCGCCGUGCGUGGUUCACACCGUUCCCGACCACCUCACGCUUCGCCAUCUCCGUCGUGAAAUCGGAGUCUCCCUUGAAAUCAAUGGCUCAGGUAUCCCGGCCUCGAACACAGCUUCAAUGACUCUCCGGCGCGAUCGUGUCGAUAAGGAGUCCUCGGAGGUGACAUAUGUGAGUACGGACAGUGUUAGGGUUUCUGGGGCUGUCGAAUUUGAGGUGCAUGAGGAUGAAUUGAUUUUGUGUGGGUCAUUGGAGAGAAUGGAGCCCAAUUGGUGCAAUGGGAGUGUAGAGGGUGGUUCCAAGACGGGGUGGACAAUGGACUGUUACACUGCGGCGACGAUUGCAAGUGGUUCGUCGGCGUUUUUUCAGCCAAAAUUGGGCGUUUGUUCGCCGUCUAUUGAGGUUUAUAUUGCCGGGUGUUGCUCAGGAGUGCCUGUGAUUUUGACGAAGACAAUUCUGGUUAGUCCGAGGAGGAAAGUGACGAGGCAGUGGAUGCUAGAUUCUAUUCCGGAGGAUGAAGAGAUUGGGAAAGAGCAGAGUAGUGAAAGUGGUUUGGUCAGGCGGAAAAUGCGGAUCUCAGAGGCAGAUGUUGACGACUAUGAGUCAGAUGGAAAAGUUGGACACGGCUAUUAUGCUGAAGACAUGUACCCUGGUGAGGAUGGCCAACUCUCAUGGUUCAAUGCUGGUGUAAGAGUUGGGGUGGGGAUUGGCCUUGGAAUGUGCCUUGGUGUUGGAAUUGGUGUUGGACUGCUCAUGCGCUCGUAUCAAGCAACCACCAGGAAUUUUAGGAGGAGGUUCUUCUGAAUCUGAUCUCUUCAAUUAAAGUCACAUAGUACUGGCUAAAUGAUACAGAAUUGAAAACGGAAAGUUUUGGAAUUUUUAUUUAGAGAGAAGGAUUUUACUAUUUUAGGAUGGCAGCUAAUGAAGUGAGAAGUACAUAUUUAAGGAUUUUA